AUGAAAAAUAAACUUAAAAAUAUUAAGCCAUUCAAUUGCUACAUAAACAAGGAUUAUACCAUUUGCAUUCCAAUAAUAUGUAAAUAUAUAAAAGAUAUCUUAAUGCAAAAAGAUAGCCAUAUCACUCUAAGAACCAUUAGAAUUAAAUUUAAGCCAAGCUCUUGUUACUUAGCAAAUAUUCGAAGGCAUUAGAUAUUAAUUACUAAAUCUGAUGAAAAAUUAAUGGAUAGAGUUAAAUACACAAUUUGGAAUUAAUAAUAAAUCCUUUUUAGAAAAAAGACUUCACUACUUAGAAGAAGGAAGUAAUAGUUUAAAGAGAUAAAUCUAAAUCUAAUUAAUCUCAAAUGUUUUAUUAAAAAGAGACUGAUAAGUUGAUGAAUGAAUAUAAAAAAAUUCCAAAAGGAAGUAGAUAAACGAUAUGUUCUCAAGAUUUUGUUUAACGAACAUAAUAAAGAAGGU